AUGUAUCGGAUGGGGUUAAUGGCUUUAAUCUAUGCUGACAUUCCUGAGAUUAAUCGAGACAAAAGCAUAAAAAUGGCUAUUGUUCAUGAUAUUCCAGAAGCUAUUGUUGGGGACAUCACUCCUUCUGAUGGGAUUCGAAAGCAUGAAAAAAAUCGACGAGAGUGUGAAGCACUGGAGCACCUGUGUAAAUUACUUGGUGGAGGGCCACGGGCAAAGGAGAUAGCUGAUUUAUGGAUGAAAUAUGAAAAGAAUUCUACUCCAGAAGCUAAGAUUGUGAAAGAUUUUGACAAGGUAGAGAUGAUACUUCAAGCUUUGGAAUAUGAAAAUGAUAAGGAGCUUAGGUCUGAUCCUGCAUAUUUAUCUUACUAUUACUCAAAUGUCAAUCUAAACCCAAGGCUGCCGCCGCCUCUGUUGUCCAAGGAGGAUUGGCAGUUUGCACAGAGGUUACACGGAGGGAAUUCGACCAUUGGGGAUAGGAGUAAGGUGAAUAGGAUUGAUACUGAUGGUGCUGGGAGAUCCCUGUUUUCGAUGCCACCUGGAUUCAAUUCUAAGAACCAAGAGAGUGAGAAUGAGAUGGAUAACGUGCAGGGUUCUGAAGAAUGGGAUGUUGAUGGAUUGAUUGGCAGAUACUGGAAGAAGCAGUUAACUGUGGCUAAGGAAGCUCAACCUAUAGAUAUCGUGUUAUAG